AUGGCGACUUCAAGCUCCGAGGAACCGGCGACUUCUUUUGCCCGCUCUUUAGAGCAGACCAAGAAACGAAAUACCUAUCACUCAUUUGGGCAUGAAGGCGUCACGGCAACCGUGGGGGCCUCUGGACGUCUGAUGCAGAUGUCUCGUCAUUUCCCGGACCAGAGAGUAGGAUUCUGCGUUGAUCAUCGAUUCGUUCCUGAACCAUUUAUGGUAUUCAAGCGCGCCGAGAGACUUCAUUCUUGGGCUGCCGACCCUUCACUUAGAACUGCAAUUGAUCCUAUCCUUUUUCCAUCAUCAUCAUGGAGUGAGCCGAGUUCUAUCAAAUAUGUUCUCAAUCGAUGGCCAGUGUUUACUCGGAAACGAAAAGAUGGCAUGGAGGUGACGAUCCAGUAUGUAGCAUUUGACGCUACCAUCUACCAGAUCUUUGACUUUUUUCGCGACCCAUGUUAUGGAAGGACAUAUUCACCAACUCUUUUGAUGAAAGAUGGCUUGCUCAUCCGAGACCUUGACUUUACCAAUCCUGAUAAUACAUACAACGAAGCCGGUGAAGCAGACGAGGCGUACAAUUCCAGGAACGAACAGGACCGUUUCAUUCGCGAACACAAACUUGACUCUACUGCGAAAGACAAGCCAAACUCCAACCACGAAAAUUUAGUUGUACUGUCUAUUUCUUGCAUUCAAGAUGGCAAGAUGUUAAAGUUUGACGAUCAAGCCACGGAUGAUUAUAACUACUAUAAGAUCCGAUGGAACGAGCUAGCAUUGAGGAACUUUGAGAAAACCGGAAAGCUCAAGGCUAUACUUGCCUACAAGCUAGACCUUGUUCCCCAAGGAGGCAUUCUCCCAAGCGUUUCAAUCCACGAUGUUUCCACUGCGGAAGAACAGCUCGCCUUAGCUGACUUCCGGGGUCACGCGCUCACUGGCGCUACCUAUCUCGAUACAAUCAUGAAUCGAAAUCUGGAGCACAUACUAUCCGUUUGUAGCAUACCAGUUACCCUCCAGAAAACUGGCAAGUCUGCCAUUGCCUUUACAUGUGGCGAUAUUGACGGCCAUCGAGUUGCCACGGCAGCAAGCUUCUAUUGCUUUCAGUUCUUGUUGUUGGCCUGGCGACGUUUUGAUCCGGAGAAGCCCCCGCAAGGCUGCAACGAAUCUCAACUUUCCUACAUCAGCGCAAUGCGGAAUCGCAUUGAGAAGGCCUGCAAAGGCCACCUAAUAUGGCUUUUCGAAAGGGGAGAAAAACCCUCCAACUUUUUGUCGCCCCAUCGAUGGGUGAAUGGCGAAUCAAUCGAAUCUUGGGAAGACAAUGAGUAUCUCCCAACGAAGGCCCUUGUCGAUAGCCCGUUCCAGAUCAUCAAAGCUGGAGACUUUUACGAAACUUUCAAAUACAUCGAUCCGUCUGUGAAAGAGGGUAACGGGGACACUGACGACUUCUAUUUUACCGACCAUGCACUGAUUUGGCGAGCGGCUAGGUCUGCAGAAGUCCUCGGUUUGAGGAAUGAGCUAAAGGCACCUACUGACAUUCUCAAUAAGAAGGCAUCACAGAAGCAAGGUCGAGCUGGGAGACAUUUAAGCAAUCAUCAGCCGGGCCAGAAACAUGGAAAGCCAAAGUUCUACUUCGCCGAUGUGGUUCAGUCCAACAUUCUCAAAAGGUUCACAACUGAGAACCCCGUUUCCAAGAGGCGCAUGAUCGCAGUGUCGAGAAGUCCCGCCCAUACUCGGUUUCUUCUUCGUACCAAGGAUGCUUCGCUUUUCCACGCCAUGAACCUUGGGUUGUUUAAUAAACCGGGAACGGAACCACGCAAUUGGAGUAGCAUGGUUGAUGUCUGGAAAAAUACCAUUGAUUGCCAGACAGCACAUGAAGACGAUGAUGAUUUGUGGGAGGAGCCGCUACGGUUCGCAUUGGCAACUGUUAUAGCUUAUCACCAUAAGGCUAUAAACCAACGUCCCCCGAAGGAUAUGCACGAUCAUGCAAUUAACGUCCUGCUUCAAAGUGCUUCAGUUAACGGGCUUAUCCCCGGAAGACUCGACGAGAAUAACGAACCAGCCCUUUACGAGAGUGAGUUCAGUGAGUUCAUGCGAGAUACUUACUGGGGCGUCACUUUUGAGGUACCAUACCUUCUCUGGAGGUUCUUCUGGCCAGCUGAUGUGGAGAAUUUUCCGUUUCGUUCUGAAGAAAUCACCGAGCCUACAGGAGUUGGUAAGUUGCAACCAGCAACACUUGGUAACAACACUCACAUACCCCCAACUGGGCCUGCUGAGCUGCAGGUUGCGGUCAAAAUGGCAGCUUACCCACGAAGUAAGUCCAUGAAACGCACCUUUCCUUUCAACAACAUGGUAGACCAAGACAAUAUUGUGGUACUCGGAGAUGAGUGGCUCUAUAACGAACCAACAUUCUUUGUGUCUUCAAAAAAAGUCGUCCCUGAUGACAACCACGAUAUUCGUAAUGGCCUCUUAAGUCGUGAUGAUGUCCAUGGAGAUGCCAACAGUCGGGAAAAUGCCACUGUCUCUCAGCGUGCCGACACAGCAAAAGAAUUUGACCCUGAAACCGACAUGAAAAAAUAUUUAGAAAAUGAGAACUCGGAUGACCUUAUCGACGACCUUGAAUACAAGUGGGAAGAAAUACUGAAUCAUUGGGGCCAGAUUGAUGAUUCGACCACGGGAGCUUCACCGCCGGAGUUCCUUGGGGUCUUGGUGGACGUCCCCAAGUCCAAGCACUUGAAAAAGAACACUCGUGGCUUGAGGGAGUCCAUUCAAAAGAUCACCACCCGCGAGUUUCUCAAAAAGCAAAUGGAAAAUGGACGGACGCCAGAAAAGGCGAAGAAGAGGUUUUGGGCCUUUUUCGCGAAGGAACCCUCGGCAAACGAAAUUUGCCGUGCCACAUCUGCCCUCUACUACACCACUUUAAACUGCAAUCAAGAAGAGCAAGCAGAGCAAGCAGAGGCAGACGACAAGGAAUUAUCUGAGGUUGCUAUGAGCUUUCGAUUCGACGGUGACUUUUUUGACCGCUACUGGACAUGUUGGUUCUUAGAAGCUGAUCCAGGAACGAAAACAACAAAAGAUUCCAUUGUGGAUAACGUCGAGGGUCUCCUGGAAGAGGAACUCAAGAAGAAGAAAGGUGUUGACCUCAAGAGACAGCCUUGGCGGCAAAGAAGAAUUUUGGAACUUCUCCUUUUCGACAAAAUCAUCAGCCAGAUGCAUUCCUAUGCCAAUGGAAUCCUCGAACAAGCAAAGUCGGGCAUUAAGAAGAAGACAAAGGCUCCAGCAAAGGCAUCACAAAGGAGUCGCGAGGAAACCGAUGAGCUGGACUACGACGAAUUCGUUAAGCAAAGAAAGCGAUUCGGGAAGUUUCAAGACGCUCUGCAGGCUGUACAAGAUGAUCGUAACGAGAACUUGAACAUAGUUGAUCGAUGGCUAGAGCGAGAGAAAGACAGACAGGCAGAAAGGCCACGAUGGACUUUCAAUGAUGAAAGUCGGUACCGAAGCAUCAUCUCAAAAAUGGUUGUUUGCAACGAGCAUAACAUCCAAGAACUAAAACGCAGCCACAACAACAUCAAAAGCUUCAACGAUUUACUGACUAAUAGGGUCGAAACUAUGCGCAACGAUGUAGAGCAACGACGCGCUGAUGACAUUCAACGUUUCACAUACGUAACCGUCGUGUUUCUCCCCUUAGGCUUUGCAACCGGCGUAUUUAGUAUGAGCGAGGCACCCGCUGGUCGAACUCUAGGUUACAUGAUUCUCGUUGCAUUUGGGGCUCUUCUUGCCAUUGGAAUCCUAUUGGAGAACAUGAAAAUCGCCGAGACUCUUUAUAAAUUGGUCUCGCAUACAAUACUUAGGGCCGUGGACGUAGGAUUCAAUUUGGUCACAGAUGGGUACGGCUGUCUAGAGAAAGUAUGGCGAAAGAUCAUAGUCAAAUACGGUCAUCUAGUUGAAGUAUGGCGAGCGUGUAUGGAGGCAAUCCGCCAAUGGUGCAAUGAGAGGGUGAGGAGGCCUGAUGCAGAAGAGGGAACAACUGAAGAUGGAACUCCAAUAGAGAGUCAUGACUAG